AUGACAAUAUUUAAUUUAUAUUUGUUCAAUCGUGAUGGUGCUUGUAUAUUUUAUAAAGAAUGGAAGAGGGAAAAGCAAUCCGGGAUGCAAAAAAGCGAGGAAUUUAAGCUAAUGUUUGGAAUGCUUUUAUCGCUUCGUUCUUUUGCUGAACGACUUUCUAGCAAGGACGGAAAUCAGUUAGUACGAUAUUUCAAGACAUCGAAAUAUAAGAUGAACUAUAUGGAAAUCCCGACAGGUCUGAAGAUGGUGAUGAACACUGAUCCGUCCGCAGUUGGGAUUCCGGAGCUUCUUCGAACUGUGUAUCAGGUAAUUGUGGAUUUUUACUACGUUCGCUCAAAUGUAUACAAUAAUCUCUUCAUAUAA